AUGGACGCAGACGAAGAGCGCGACUUUGCCGCUCUCUUAUCCCAGUCCACCGCCCUCCCCACCCGACCCACCUGGUCCCCUCAAACAUCGGCCACCACCGCCGCUCAGCUCGACCCAUGGGCCAACCCUUUCGCUUCAUCACCUACCGACCCCUUCUCAGCCCCCGCUGCUACUUCUACAGCUCUCCCGAGCUUCACAAGCGGCGCGAAUGGCGGACCAUCCGGGUCGGGCUCAGGAUACGUUCCGCCGGCCGCAAGCGGGUUCGAUGAUUACUCGUCCACUUCAGGAGGGUUCGGCGAGACCAGGUUCGACUAUACCCCUUCCCCACCUACGGCUACGUACAGUGGCGGCGCGGGUAUAGAUGCGCAACAGGAGUCGGACAGUCCCUAUGUCCAGAAACUGGAAGAUGAGCAGAUGCUCCCUUCUUCUUCUGGGGGGAUACCUGAACCGCCCAGCGUGAUCGCAGCGAGGGAGAGGGACGGGAUGUCAUGGGGAGAGACGGAUAUGAGUGGAUUUGGAGCACCGGCGGUGUCCACCAGCUCGUGGGACCCUUCGGCCGACCAGUACCAGGUCUCACCACCCCGCCCAUCUCAAGCGGAACCCGUACCGCCGCACAAACCCACACCGCCCCAAACGGCCGGCCGGAUCCUCCCGUCUGAUCUGAUCGACGAGGACCUGAUGGCCGCUUCGGACCCAUCUAUCAGCCUCAAGCGGGCAUUCGUCAAGUCCACUCCGGCGGCCCCAGCAGCGACUAAGGGGAAGACGCCGGAGAAGGCUAAGCAGGGAGCUUAUGUGUUUAGGCCGGCGGGGGUGCCGGUCAAGUUUAGGGGGCAGGCGGAGGAGAAGAAAGGAGAGGCAAAGGCGCCUGAGGCGAAGGUGGUCCAGGAGGCCAAGAAGGUGGAGGAGGAUGGUACAGCACCGGUAGUUGAGGAGGUGCAACCACCGGGUGACGCGGCGGCGGCGGAGACGGUGGAGGAGGCGGAAGCGGGGGCAUCUGUCGCGCCGGAAGAUAAGCCCGCGGCGGACGUCAAAGGGGAAAUCCUCCCAGCAGACCAAGGGAAGGAGGUGGCUGCUCAAGAGCCAGAAUCUGCGAGGGCUGCGGCGCCGAGCCCGGAGCCAGCUCCACCCAAGGUCGAACCCAAGGCAGAGCCAUCAUCCUCAGCUGUCGAGCUUAACACUUCCGACGACUCGAAAUCGGUCAGACCUACACCCUCGUCCCCGCCUCUCGCACCCGCCUCCAUCCCCCUUCCCGCCUCUUCAGUACCCACACGCACCUCCACUCCCCUCCCUCCCUCUCACAUCGCUCCCACUUCCCCCUCACCGCCUCUCUACCCUACCCAAACGCCCACACACGACCGCGUCGCCGUAUCACCACUCGAACCGCCCUCUGCACACAUCAGCGAUUUCGGCUUCAAGUCGUUAUCAAUCGGCGCGGCGGGGAUGAUGCCUCCGCCUGCAGCUGCGGAAGAGGGGUGGGGUGGGGGCGGGAGUGGGAUAGGGAGUAGGUUUGGGGGCAAAGGGUGGGGCGCGAUGGAUGCUGCGCCGGAGGAGGAGGGUCUGUUUGGGAAGGGAGGGCCUGUAGGGGAUCCAUGGGGCGGUGGCGGCGGAGGAGGUUGGGGCGGCGAGGCAGAUGCGGGGCCAUCGUCACCACCUGUCCAAACCGAGCCGGAACCAUCCGUCGCCACGCCCAAACCCACUCCUUCACCUGGCAAGCCCCGCCGCCGUACUUUUCCCGUCUUCACCAUCUCCAUAUCUGACCCCGCGCGCGUUGGCGAUCCCGUACGCGGCUACACCGUCUACACUUUACGCACGCACACAACCUCGCCCCAUUAUCGUAAAUCGGACUUCACAGCGCUUCGACGUUUCUCCGACUUUUUAUGGUUGUUCGACUCGCUCAUUGCUAAUAAUCCCGGAAUCAUCGUUCCCCCUGUUCCCGAUAAACAUACGUUUGGCCGGUUCCAGGAGCAGUUUAUCGAGACGCGGAGAUUAGCGCUGGAACGGAGUCUGAACAAGAUUGCCGCGCACCCGGUCCUUCAGCUGGACCCGGAUCUGAGGUUGUUCCUCGAGGCGGACAAUUUCGGAGUGGAGAUCAGGGGAAGGGGGCCUGUGCAGCCGGUGGAUGUACCUGCCAAGUCGGGAUUGUUGGGGGGAUGGAACACGCCCAAAUUUAUCGAGAGUGAUGACUGGUUCACCUCGCGUAUGGCCUUUCUGGACGGGCUGGAGGUGCAGCUCAAGGCGCUGUCAAAGAGUGUGGAGCUAGCGUCCAGGGCGAGACUGGACAUGGCGACUUCGCAGGCGGAAGUGGCGGAUGCGCUGCAGGCGCUCGCCGAGUCGGAUCUGGGCUCGGCGAUGUGUGCGUCACUCGCGCAAAUGGCGGAUCUGGCGCGGAGGGAGAAGGAGGGCGCCGAGGAAUUGGCGAAAGGGGAUGUGGUGAAUCUGUUGAAUAUGGCGGAUGAGUAUGUGCGGUUUGUGGGGAGUGUGCGGCGGGCGAUGGGGGGUCGGACGAGGGUGUGGUUGGCGUGGCAGGCGCUCGAGCGGGAGGUGGCGCGUCUGAAGGGGGUGAGGGAGAAGGCGAGGGUGCAGGGUAAGCUUGGGGAUAGGGCCGCUCAGACGUUGGCGGAUAUCAAUGAUGUGGACCGGAAAGCUCGGGCGAGCCAGCAAGAGUAUGAGACGUUGACGAAAUUGGUCAAGUCGGAAUUUGGGCGGUUUGAGCGGGAGAGGGUGGAUGAGUUUAAGCGGGUGUUGGAGAAGUAUCUGGAUGAUCAGAUGGAUAGGCAGAGGGAGAUGAUUAUGUCGUGGGAGGAGUACCAUGUGGGGGUAUUGGGGAUGGUCAGGAAGGCUCAGGGGAUCAAGCAGGCCGCGUAG